AUAAGCGUCGGUAUUAUUAGUCUCCGUGGCUAUAACAAACAAAACAAUGGAGAAGGAACACGGCGACCCUCUCCCGGUACAGCCUACUCCGGUGGUUGACGCGGCGGAGACAGGCGAGCAUAAGCAACUGCAGCAAUCAACUCGGCCACGUCCGAAGCGGUUCGUGAAGAACCAAAUACCAGAUUCCAUUCUAAACGAUGCGGCACUCAACGCCGCCAUAUCUCUUCUACCUCAAAACUACAACUUUGAAAUCCACAAGUGCGUAUGGCGCGUUCGCACUUCGGGUGCCAAGCGCGUCGCCCUCCAGUUCCCCGAGGGUCUCCUCAUGUACUCCCUCAUCAUCUCCGAUAUACUCUCCACUUUCACUUCCGCCGCUCACUGUUUCAUCCUCGGCGACGUGACUUACGGCGCGUGUUGCGUCGACGACCUUUCCGCCGCAGCUCUUUCCGCUGAUCUCCUCAUCCAUUUCGGCCAUAGCUGCCUAGUUCCUAUUGAUUCCACCACUAUCCCUUGCCUUUACAUAUUUGUCGAAAUCUCAAUCGAUCUCUACAGGUUGUUACAUGAACUCAAGCUCAAUUUUAACAAUACUAGUACUUAUGACAAUAUCAUUGUGGCUGGAACAAUUCAAUUUGCUGGUGCAAUUCGUGCUGUUAAGCCCGAGUUGGAAAAAAUAGGGUUUAAGGUUUUGAUCCCUCAAGCUAAACCCUUAUCAGCUGGGGAAGUACUCGGCUGUACUGCCCCGAGUGUUAUGAACAAGUUUUCUGAUUCUGAGAGUGUGGUUUUGGUGUUUGUUGCUGAUGGUAGGUUUCAUUUGGAGGCAUUUAUGAUAGCGAAUCCGGGGAUAAAGACGUAUAGGUAUGAUCCGUAUGUAGGGAAGUUGUUUUUGGAGGAGUAUGAUCAUAAGGGAAUGAAGGAGGAGAGAAAGAGAGCGAUUGAGAAGGCAAGGAGGGAGGCUAAGAAUUGGGGGAUAGUGCUUGGGACAUUAGGUAGGCAAGGGAAUCCGAGGAUAUUAGAUAGGUUGGAGAAGAAGAUGGCAGAGAAGGGGAUGACUUGGACAGUUGUGUUGAUGUCAGAGAUAUCUCCUACAAGGAUUGCGUUGUUUGAGGAUGCAGUAGAUGCUUGGAUUCAGAUCGCGUGCCCUAGGUUGUCGAUUGAUUGGGGAGAUGCGUUUACUAAGCCUUUGCUUACGCCAUUUGAGGCCGAGAUUGCGUUGGGUGAUUUGUCCGGGUGGUGGGAAAGAAAGAAAGUAGUGAAUUCAGAUGUAUGUUGCGAUGAAGCUUUGAAGUGUUCAAAGAAUGAAUCUUCUGGUGCUUGUGAUAAUGGAGGUGAGAAAGUUAAGGAAGGGGUACUCGUUGAUUAUCCGAUGGAUUAUUAUGCCCAGGAUGGUGGGGAGUGGAAUUCUUGCUACUCCAAGAAGCCGGCUCGACUUUCACAAAGAAUUAGUCAAGCUUGUAAUGGUAACAGUGCCAUCAAAUGUUCUAAAUGCUGAGCUAAUUUUGGUUCCAGCUGAGUACACUGCUGUCGUCGUAAAUGGUGUUACACUUCAAAGUGAGUACCUUAUUUUUUCUGUUGAGGCCUUUUUUUUGUAGUCACUGCCAGAAUGGUAGUUAUAUAUUCUAUGUAGUAGCACGAAAAAGAUGCUUUGUCUAAGUGUAUACUUUUACAUGACUAAUUUGUAAUAUGAUCUUUCUCCUUACUUUUAUACUUUUA